GAACGAACAUGGCCGCGCCCAUCUUGCGCUGUAGUUAGUUUCUGAUUUCAAUGUGAUGUUUAUCUGAACUGAAGAUGAGUCGAUCAACCAGUCUCCUGCAGCAGAUGACUAUCUUCAUCACCGUGGUUACCGGCGGAGGCUGCGCUAUGAUGUAUUACCUCAUGCAGAAAAAUUUUGCUAAAUCAGAGUACUACCGUCUGGCCCUUGAAGAGCUGAACAAUCAUUCUACAGCCAUGGCCAGUCUUGGUGCACCCCCUUUAAAAAUCCACAACAUCCAUUUAUCAGACAGACACAACCGCAUGGACCACAACAGCGCACAGUUAAAGAUUCCAGUUACUGGGUCAAAUACUGGAGGUUAUCUCUACACAUCUUCAACCAGAGACACUCUCAUGAACAGGUGGCACCUCCAGCAAGUGUUGUUGAAGCUCAGGGAUGGAGAGACUAUUGAGAUUUUCAACAAGACAGAAUCUCAAGAGUAACAUCACACAGAAGAAAUUCCUCUCUUAUAUCUGUGAUUAUUGCGUUUUCUAUAUUUAUUUCAUUUAAAGCGCUAAAUGAAUGGUGAUGCAGUUUGUUUUGUGUCAUUUAAUACUGAGACAAAAUAAAAUUCUAAUUUCUAAAUCAUUUUUUUAAUAUAUGAACUGUUAUUUGUUUCACGCAGUAAUGUUCCAAUUUCAAAUGUUUACAGUUUUAUUACUAUCAAACCAGUUAAGACAUACAUGCAGUGUUUAAAGUUCCUCUUCAUUUAAAUAUUUAAAUCUAAUGAAGUCCUCUACUUUCAACUUAAGAUGUUUGUAAAGUCUGUAAAUUAAAAUGACAAAUUCAACCGAACUGCACAUAAUUUCAACAUGGCAUUUUUAUUGGCAUAAGCACGAAGAGUCUAGUCCUGUUGUACUGAAUCUAACCUGUAGGUGUCAGUAAAAGAGCAUUAGCUGACGUCAACCCUUAACACUCUCAGUACUAUUUAUUUGUGAGAUAAGCAACACAUUUGUGUAAUUUGACAGCAAAAGUAAAAAAAAACUCUUUGAAAUCUCACUAAUAUUUGGUUUGCAAUGUGGUAGGUUCGUUUUCCUGCUCUCCGCCCAGAUGUAACCUUGUUACUCUUUAGUCUUGAUCCAUUUAACAUGAAAAGCAUCAACAAACGUAUAAAUAAUCUAAUGCACAGGACUGAACACACUUCACAACAGCACAGUGACCAAAUUUAGUCACCUCAACUCCCCCUCUGGUCUCUUGGCUGAAAGGUCCAGAGACCCAGAAAGACUGGAAAAUAUACUCAAUAAAACUGAGAAAACAUUGGGUUGUUUUAUCAAUAUUUAUGUUCAUCCCUUUAAAAAGCUAAAUGAAUAAAAAUGGGAAAUCCUGUCUCCCACAAUGCAAUGUGUUUGUCAAU